CUGCACGUUUGUCGGUCGGUCCCGGUGUCGGUCGUUCGGUUCGUUGCAAAUUUGCAAAACUUUGUGGCGCGCUCGCUUCUCUGCUUUGUCCAAUGUGCGAAUGUGGAACGUGCGCGGCAUUUAUUUGAAUUAACUAGACAGUUGAGAAUAAAGAGCAUUGUAAAUAUUUACGCCAAAGCGGAGCGUAGCAGCAGUUGAAAAUUAAACCAAAUAUAAGCAAAAAGUCAACGGCAUGUAUGCGACCAAAAACGUGCGCCCCCGCAGCAGCCUCUCUACAGACGACAAUCAUCGCAUCAAGGACACAGUUCGGACAAAAAAGGCACCAAGCAAUACGCUACUUACUCUUGUUGCCUUCUGCGUAUUCCUGCUAGUGCUCUGCGCUUUUCUGUUGGGCGCACUCGUCUAUGUAGGCAAAAAUAUUGCCGAUGAGCAUCAGCGACAGCAGGCAAACGGCACACAGGCGGCCAUAAAUGCGGGUAUACGCACCAUUUACAUAGAUCGUGAUCAGUUAUUAUCCACAAAGCCAAUAUUAAGCACUUCUGCAGAUAACAACGCACAAACCACCCAAGUGCCAGCAACAGCAACACGCAUCAUGGUCACAGUAUCGCCUGCCAUAAAAGCUGCCAGCAAAGUAUUGAAGAAUCUUGGCUACCGGUUGCCAAAGGAAAUCAAGCCGAGCAAAUACACAUUACAUUUGCGUCCCGAUCUCAGCCAGAAGAGCUUUACGGGCAACAUCAGCAUCAACAUACAGGUGCUGGAGCCCAUAUCAUUUAUUCCGGUGCACAUUAAACAACUAAAUGUAAGCACUGAAAACGUGGAGCGCUUGAACGAUUCAGGCGCCCCGUUGCAAACUAUGAAGCCAGCACUUUCCUUCGCCUAUCCCGAGUAUGAAUACUGGGUUACAGAGUUUGAACAGCCACUGGAGGUGGGCAAUUAUACAUUACAUUUGAACUUCAAUGGCUCGCUGGCGGAUCGCAUCACUGGACUCUAUCAAAGUUCCUAUUUGGACAAGCUCUCAAAUAGCACCAGAUGGAUUGCUACUACGAAAUUCGAGCCUACCUUUGCGCGUUUAGCGUUCCCUUGUUUCGACGAACCGCAUCUGAAGGCAGCAUUCACGUUGACCAUUGCCAGGCCCACCGGAAAUGAGUACCAUGUCCUAUCCAACAUGCCAGUUCAAUCGGAAGUUGUUGAUGGGGAUGUGACUGAAGUCACUUUCCAGGAAACACCACCUAUGAGCACAUACCUGGCAGCCUUCAUUGUGUCGGACUUUGCCAAGAAAGAAGGGACCGUGGAAAAUACAAGCAUCGUGAUGAAUGUUUAUGCCCAGCCUGCCCAGAUCGAAAAGACGGAAUAUGCUUUAGACGUUGGUACUAAAGUAACUGCACACUACAUCAACUACUUCAGUGUCUCAUAUCCGUUGCCAAAACUGGACCUGGCCGCCAUUCCCGAUUUUGUGUCCGGUGCCAUGGAGAACUGGGGUCUGGUGACCUUCCGCGAAACAGCAUUGCUGUACGAUGCGACCAGUAGCUCCAGCGUUAACAAACAACGUGUAGCCACAGUGAUUGCGCACGAACUGGCACAUCAGUGGUUUGGAAACCUGGUCACCAUGAAGUGGUGGAAUGAUCUUUGGCUCAAUGAAGGCUUCGCCUCUUACAUUGAGUACAAGGGCGUGAAGGCUGUACAUGAGGAUUGGGAUAUGGAUAGCCAAUUUGUCACUGACGAGUUGCAUCCCGUGCUUAAAAUUGACGCCACCCUUGCUUCGCAUCCCAUUGUCAAAUCUAUUGAGAGCCCGGCUGAAAUUACUGAGUACUUUGAUACCAUCACCUAUUCGAAAGGUGCUUCACUGGUACGCAUGCUGGAAAACCUUGUGGGCGAGGACAAAUUCAAAUCCGGCACAACACGUUAUUUAACGAAUCAUUACUUUGGAUCAGCCACUACUGAUGAUUAUCUGACUGCCAUCGAGGAGGAAGAACUCGAUUUCGAUGUCAAGCUGAUCAUGCAAACAUGGACUGAACAAAUGGGUCUGCCCGUUAUAGAAGUGGAAAAGAAUGGCAAUAGCUACAGGCUCACCCAGAAACGAUUCCUUGCCAACAAGGACGAUUACGACAUCGAACCAGAGCAGUCCUCCUUUAAUUAUCGGUGGUCCAUUCCAGUCACCUACACAACUAGCGCAUCUGCGGAAGUGCAAAGGUCCCUUUUCAGCCAUAAUGAUAAUGAAAUUACCAUCACUCUGAGCAGUGAUGUAAGCUGGAUUAAGUUGAACAAAGACCAAGUGGGUUACUACCGCGUUAAUUAUGCCAGCGAGCAAUGGACGGCACUGACCGCUGCGCUAAAGGAGUCACGUGCUCAAUUCAGCAAUGCGGAUCGUGCCCAUUUAUUGAAUGACGCUAACGCUUUGGCUGAUGCCGGGCAAUUGGAAUACAAAUAUGCCCUUGACCUUAGCACAUACUUAGAGGCCGAAAGGGAUUACGUGCCAUGGAGUGUAGGCACUGCUGCUUUGGCAACGUUGCGCAAUCGAGUUUACUACACAUCCAUCUACAAAGACUUUGUCACCUAUGCUCGCAACCUACUUACACCCAUUGUGGAAGAAGUCACAUUCACUGUAGGCGAAGAUCAUUUGCAUAACCGUUUGCGAAUCAAGGUGCUGAGCUCUGCAUGCAGCGUUGGACACGAAAGCUCGCUGCAGCAGGCGACCACGCUAUUUAAUGCCUGGCUAGCUGAACCCAACACGCGUCCCAGCCCAGACAUACGUGAUGUGAUCUACUACUACGGCUUGCAGCAGGUAAACACAGAGGCUGCCUGGGACAAAGUGUGGGAGCUAUAUCUGCUAGAGACCGACGUGCAAGAGAAGGUCAAACUGAUGGACGCACUUUCCGCUGUAAGGAUUCCUUGGUUGUUACAGCGCUACAUCAACUAUGCUUGGGACGACAGUAAAAUCCGUAGCCAGGAUUACUUUACCUGCUUGGGAUACAUUUCCGCGAACCCGGUGGGCCAAAGCUUGGUCUGGGACUAUGUUCGCGAAAACUGGCCCCAGCUGGUUGAACGUUUCGGCAUUAAUGAGCGUACCUUGGGUCGCCUUAUACCUACAAUUACCUCACGCUUCGCCACACAAACCAAACUCGAGGAGAUGGAACAAUUCUUUGCCAAAUAUCCCGAAGCAGGCGCAGGCACAGCCGCCCGUGCACAAGCACUGGAAACUGUGAAAGCGAACAUCAAGUGGUUGGAGUUGAACCAGGCGCAGGUGGGCGAAUGGUUGGCCGCCUAUGUGGCCGAAUCGUCCAAGACAAAUACCAUCCAAUAAAAGGAUGAAGGUUGUGAUGGCACUUGUUGAAUUUGAAACUGUAAAUUAUCAUUAAUUGUAAAAAUGAGAAAUUGUUUACAAAUAGUUCUAGUAUAUCGACUGUGUGUAGUGAAAAUACAUUUUAAAUGUGAAUGAA